AGAAUGUAAUUCUUAAAUGUGUUAGAAGUACUAUGCUGUGUAUGAAAUUAUAAAUUAUAUGCGUGACAUGAUCAAGUUUCCUUCAGGCUAAGAGAAUCUAGGUAUUAUUCUUAAAUAAUACCAUUGUUGAAAGCUCAUUUUUAUCUUAGAAACUGAUUUUGAGCCUGUCUGUUUCUUUUCUUCUAUACUUCAAGCACCUUGCAAUGGAAGAAUUUAACUGGUGGCUAUCCUUAUACAUGAAUGAAAAUGUGAACCAAGACUUUGCCAUCAGAAGGUUUUGCCCUGCAAGAAUGGAGCUAGAGCAAGGAGAAGAAGAGUGCCAGGACCAAGAAGCAUUUCUUGAUCAUGAGAUUGAACUAUGGUCUUCUUCUGAUGCAACAACCACCACCACUCCUUGUUUACCUUCUUCAGAGAAUAUUGAUGACUUUGUUGAUAGCUUCAUUAACAUGGAUCAGUAUGAUUAUGACAAUGAAGAUCAUCACCAAGAGUCCACAGAGAACAAAAGUUUUGAUCAUCACUUUGCUGAGGCUGAUGCAUACUCUAUGGUGAAUGAAGAAGUGGAGAUCUAUGGAGAUGUUACAAUCACCAUGGAGGAGGAGGAAGAAAUUGAAAUGACAGGCUCUUUUGGUGCAAGAUCUGAACUUGUGCCUUGUGCAGAAGAUGCAAAUCUUGCCAUGGAUCAAGGAUUAGACUUGGUUCACAUGCUUUUGGCAUGUGCUGAAGCUGUUGGAUGCAGAGACACACAGCAAGCAGAGUUUCUACUCAGCAGAAUUUGGGCCUUGGCAAGUCCUUCAGGAGAUUCAUUGCAAAGAGUCUCUUACUGUUUUGCCACAGGAUUGAAGUGCAGGUUAUUACUUCUUCCUCAAAGUGCCAUUGCAAAUGGCACAUUCACAAGAUCCUCUAUGAAUGUCCCUUUGAUCACUAGGGAGAAUAAGUUGGAAGCUUUUCACCUCCUUUACCAAACAACACCUUACAUUGCCUUUGGUUUCAUGGCUGCAAAUGAAGCUAUCUUCCAAGCAUCAAAAGGAAAAAGCUCCAUACACAUAGUUGACCUUGGAAUGGAGCAUACUCUUCAGUGGCCUUCACUGAUAAGAGCCCUUGUUUCAAGGCCUGAGGGGCCUCCAAAGCUCAGGAUCACUGGAUUAAUCAGAAUUGAAGACAACAACCCAAAACUUCAAACUAGAAUCAAUGCACUUCUAGAGGAAGCAAGCUCAUUGGGAAUGCCUCUUGAAUUCCACAUAAUAUCAGAGGAUUUAACUCCAUCUCUUCUUACUGUGGAGAAGCUGAACUUAAGAGAUGGAGAAGCUUUAUUUGUUAACGGCAUCUUGCAGUUGCACAAACAUAUCAAGGAAAGUAGAGGCUAUUUGAAGGAAAUUCUCCAAUCAAUAAAGAAGCUAGGUCCAACAGCAAUUACAGUGGUGGAGCAAGAUACAAACCACAAUGGUCCUUUCUUCCUUGGGAGGUUUUUGGAGUCACUGCACUAUUACUCGGCUAUAUUUGAUUCUCUUGAGGCAAGCAUGCCAAGGAAUAGCCAACAGAGGGGGAAGAUAGAGAGAUUACACUUUGCAGAGGAGAUUCUUAAUAUUAUAGCUUAUGAAGGUGCUGAUAGAAUGGAAAGACAUGAAAGGGUAGACCAAUGGAGAAGACAAUUAGGCAGAGCAGGGUUUCAGGUAAUGCCACUGAAGUGCACAAGCCAAGCUAGAAUGAUGCUUUCUGUUUAUGACUGUGAUGGAUACACAUUGUCCUGUGAAAAGGGUUGCCUUCUUCUAGGGUGGAAAGGAAGGCCAGUAAUGAUGGCUUCGGCAUGGCAAGUAGCAAGUAUUUGAUAUGCCCAGAGUUUUAAAUUGUGAUAUUCAACCGCAAUUGCAGCAGUAACAUAACAAAUUUUGGAGUCCGUGCAUUGGCAUCACAACCAAAGAUGAGACUGCAGUGAGUGACUCGUAUUUGUCCACAAUUCUACGUGCAACUCAACCCUGGAUCUGCCCUCUUAAAAUUUUUGGAAGAAAGAGGGAGUAGAAUGAUCAUGCACUUACUCAUAGCCAUAAAUUGUUUCUUAAUCAAUAAUAUCAACCUGGUGAUAUGUAUUUUCCCUUAUUUAAGAUACAAAAGUUUUGAAAUAUAUUUUGUUAGAUGUUUAUGAUUGAAACUCUUGUUCUUUAACAUGUAAUUCAGUCCUAACAUUCUUAUGUAAUGUUAGAAUAUGAGAAUAAUUUACAGCCUCAAGGAGGAAAAGAUAUAAGCAGUUUCCUAAGAUCACUUUGAACUUGCUGCAGAAAAUUAAUCCAUAUUUGACACUCUAACUUCCUUUCUUCCUUGCAAAGGAUAAGCGGGUCAUCAAUUUUCUUCAUCAUCCAUGUUGGUAAUUUGGUUGCUAUUUUCUUUACCAUCCAUGAGUAUACAUGGUCAUAGCUCCAGUCAUCUGAAUCAGAAGAUGUUCCUUCAUUGCCCUGUUUGUUGACCCAGAUACAGAA